AUGUCCAGCUCGCCCUCAGAGUCCGUUGUGAACGCUGGGCUGGAAGACAACCAGUCAGGGCUCAGCCCGACCCCCGGUAAGGCCCUGAGCCCUGUGCUCAUGUGCAAGGUGUGUGGGGACACCAGCAGCGGGAAGCACUACGGCAUCUACGCCUGCAAUGGCUGCAGUGGCUUCUUCAAGAGGAGCGUCAGGAGGAAGCUCAUCUACAGGUGCCAGGCUGGGACAGGGAUGUGCCCAGUGGACAAGGCUCACAGGAACCAGUGCCAGGCCUGCAGGCUGAAGAAGUGCCUGCAAGCUGGGAUGAACAAGGAUGCUGUGCAGAACGAGCGCCAGCCCCGCAGCACUGCCCAGGUCCGACUUGACAGCAUUGAGCUGGACUCUGAGCUCAAGCCCGAGCACCUGGCCACCACGCGGGAGGCCCCCCCACCGCCCUGCCCUGCCGUGGCGAGCCUCCGGGGCCCCAUCUCCGCCGCCGCAGCAGUGGGAACCCCAGGGCCCCGAGCACCCACUCCACCCAGCAACCACCGCUUCAUGGCCAGCCUGAUGACAGCGGAGACCUGCGCCAAGCUGGAGCCUGAGGAUGCCGACGAGAACAUUGAUGUAACAGGGAAUGAACCAGAGCGGGCCUCCAGUGAAUACCAGGUGUCCCCAUACCCAUCUGCCAGCCCCGAGAGCGUCUACGAGACCUCCGCCCGACUCCUCUUCGUGGCAGUGAAGUGGGCAAAAAAUCUCCCGGUCUUCUCCAACCUGCCCUUCAGGGACCAGGUGAUUUUGCUGGAGGAAGCUUGGAGUGAGCUCUUCCUGCUCUGUGCUAUCCAGUGGUCCAUGCCCCUGGAGAACUGCCCCCUGCUCUCCGUGCCUGAGCUCCCCCACAGUGUCCACGGGAAGCUUGUGUCUGCCAGCGUGGACAUCCGCAUCCUGCAGGAAACCAUCACCCGCUUCAAGUCUCUCACUGUUGACCCCACAGAGUUCGCUUGCAUGAAGGCCAUUGUGCUCUUCAAGCCAGAGACACGAGGUCUGAAAGACCCAGAGCAAGUGGAGAACCUACAGGAUCAGUCGCAAAUGAUGUUGGGUCAACACAACCGGACACACUACCCCAGCCAACCGGUCAGGUUUGGCAAAUUGCUCCUGCUCCUUCCCUCGCUGAGGUUUAUUUCUUCAGAUCGUAUUGAGCUCCUCUUCUUUCGCAGAACCAUUGGGAACACGCCCAUGGAGAAGCUGCUCUGCGACAUGUUCAAAAACUGA